GAGGGCAGCUGCUGCUACAUUAUUUUGACCAAUCAGGAGGGGAGAUGGGCGGGUCUUCGACGAGUCCCAGGCUUCCAACGUGGGGCGAGAGUGAGUGCGUCCUGAGAAAAAGAAAAGGGGGAAAGUAAAGACAGAUAGGGGAAGGAAAAAGGGAGAGAGAGAGAGAGAUCUACCGUUAGGAUCAGGAGUGAAAGGAGACGCGUUAAAUAAUCGGUUCGCGGGGAUUUGCUUUAUUUUGAUAAGAUCCAUCUGAUGAGAAGCUUCACCGGUUUGUACAGUCGCAGAGCCUGGAAAGUUACAGCAGCUUUUACACCGAAACGCUCCUGUUGUUGUUGUUGUUUAUUUUAAACAUAUUUGCACAACAAGAGAGAGAGAGAGAGAGAGAGAGAGAAUAAAGUAGUUUAAUCGUCCAGUGAAGACAGAAGACUGAAACAUGUCUCCAUGGAGUCCGAGGACAAGAUUUCUUCCAGUUUUCUUUUGGACACACAUUACAGCGAUAUAACCCGGAUUUCUCUCCACUGUAAAGACUUGUGACGUUCUGUGAUUGUGGGAUUUAUCUUUUUAAACCUUUUUUUUUUUACAACGAUUUUUCCCCCCUCUCCGGAUCGGAUUCAAAACAGUCAAUCCAACCGCUCGGCGCGCGCGCGCGCACACAUUUACUUACACACACACACACACACACACACACGUCUCGUUUUCAACCUUUUAAGGACAACAGCUUUGGACUCGAGUUUGGCUUUGGUACCGAAAAACUUUCUAGACUUGUUACAAUCUUUUAACGUUUGACUCUUUUAUUUCACGUUAGUUUUUGAUUCAGGACUUUAAACACACAUACACACACACACACACACGAGAACUAAACUUUGUGCGCGGACCUGAAGGUGUGAAACUAGGACCAGUGUGUGUGUGUGUGUGUGUGUGUGUGGUUUUUUUUUUUGUUUUUUUUAAAAACCCAAACAUUUAUUUUCAUUUUUUUUUGCUUCCUGUAAAAUAACACCACACACAACAUAUACAUGAUGCCUUUUCCGCAUCCAGACGACGCAAUGGAGGACAAAUAAUAAACCAAAACAAACCUGAGUCGGAACUGUGGAGAGAUUAGAUCAGAACUGAUCCGCCGAUAGAAGCGGAUACAAAAUGGCGGCGGCCCUGGGACACAUUUCAUAUUAUGUUUUUUAUUCCCUCGUCACUCUGGAACUGUUCAUCACGCACGCUCACGGCGGCGCGAGCUCGGAUUUGCCGUGUUCACAAAACUGCACGUGCACUUUAGACGCGGCCGACUGCAGCCACCGGAAAUUAACCGAGAUUCCGAAAGAUUUACCGGAUCGGACCGUCUAUCUAAACCUGAGCCACAACAUGCUGACGGCAGUCGAUACGGACAUCCUCUCUAAUCUGCCCAACCUUAAAGAAGUGAGACUGGACCACAAUGAGCUGACAUCAAUCCCCGAGUUUGGCAGCGCCUCGCCAGCCAUCGUCACAAUCCAUCUGCACCAUAAUAAGAUUAGCAGCGUGCAGGGCAGCCGUCUCCGAAACCUCACCCACCUGGAGACUCUGGAUCUGAGUAAUAAUGACAUCAUCGAUGUGAGAGAGCACUGUUUCCCCCGUGGCCUCCGCGUCCGAGAGCUGUCGCUCAGCGGUAAUAAAAUUGUACACCUGGAGUUUGGCGCGUUCAGGAACCUGAACGACACGCUGCAGGUCCUGAGGCUCGGCAGGAACCGGCUCACCCAGCUGCCCGUCAAAGGCCUCGAGCUUCCCAGACUAACGCAGCUGGACCUGAGCAGGAACCGGCUGCGCUUGAUCGAAGGCCUGACCUUUCAGGGUCUCUCCAACCUGGAGGUCUUGAAGCUCCAGCGGAACAACAUCAGCAAACUCACGGAUGGCGCGUUCUUCGGCCUGGCACGCAUGAGAACCCUCCAUUUGGACUAUAACAGUCUGAAAGAGGUGAACAGUGGCUCUCUGUACGGCCUCCAGUCUUUGCUACACCUCCAUCUGUCCAACAACUCCAUCUCAAGCUUCAACCCUGAGGGAUGGCGCUUCUGCGAGAGGCUGCGAGAGCUGCAUCUGGGACAUAAUAACUUGACGAAGCUGGCUGAGGGCAGUUUUGUUAAGCUAGCCAACUUGCAGACUCUUCAACUGAGCCACAACUCCAUCAGCUAUAUAGCAGAGGGGGCUUUCAGAGGUCUCAGCUCCUUACGCUUACUGGAGCUUGACCACAAUGACAUUUCUGGAACAAUCGAGGACACCAGUGGUGCCUUUGCAGGCCUGAAGAAACUCCGGAAGCUGACGCUGUUCGGAAACAGGAUCAAGUCAGUGGCCAAGAAAGCCUUCUCAGGCCUGGAAGCCCUGGAGCACCUAAACCUGGGCGGAAAUGCCAUCCUCUCCAUUCUACCAGAUGCCUUCAACAGUAUGAAGAAUCUCCACAUCCUCGAGAUCUCGAGCGAUAGUUUCCUGUGCGAUUGCCAGCUGCACUGGUUUCCUGAGUGGGCGGUGGCACGAGAGCUACAGGCUGGCGUCCACGCAACGUGCGCACACCCCGAGAGCCUGAAGGGCACCAGCAUCUUCCAGGCUCCAGCACAGAGCUUCGUUUGUGACGACCUGCCCAAACCCCAGAUCACGGUUCACCCCACCCCCACAGCUGGUGUGUUAGGGAAAGACGUGCGUUUGACGUGCAUGGCGGUAAGCAGCAGCAGCUCGCCCAUGACCUUCACGUGGAGGAAAGACCAGGAGCCGCUGCCUCACGCCCACGUGGAGAACUUUGCCCACUCCACCUCCAGAGACGGAGCAGGAAUCAUGGAGUACACAACCGUCCUCCAUCUGCGCGACGUCAAGUUCGAGGACGAGGGCCGCUACCAGUGCGUCAUCUCCAAUCACUUCGGCUCCACCUACUCCAACAAGGCGCGCCUCAGCAUCAGCGUGCUGCCUUCAUUUGUGAAGACCCCACGUGACCUCACUAUCCGGGCUGGCGCGAAGGCUCGUCUGGAGUGUGCGGCAAAAGGUUAUCCGCCUCCGCAGGUUGCUUGGCAGAAAGACGGUGGCACGGAUUUCCCGGCAGCCCGUGAGCGGCGCAUGGAGGUGAUGCCCGACGAUGAUGUGUUCUUCAUAAUGCACGUCAAGCCCGAGGACAUGGGUGUGUACAGCUGCACGGCCAGAAAUACAGCAGGCAUGAUCUCUGCCAACGUCACGCUCACCGUGCUGGAAAUGCCCCACCUGCUACAGGGGAUGGAGGACCGCAGUGUGGUGCUGGGCGAGGCGGUGGCGCUGCAGUGUAAGGCCGUGGGUAGCCCCCCUCCGCGCAUCACCUGGCUGCGUGGUGGCGAGCCGCUGCAGCCGAGCGAGCGCCACCAUUUUACCCACGCCAACCAGCUUCUGGUGAUCAGCAGCACCACGCCGGAGGACGCCGGCCGCUACACUUGUGUCAUGUCCAACCCUCUGGGCACCGAGCGUGCCCAGUGCAGCCUGACCGUGAUCCAGCGUCCCGGUGCCAACUGCCACGUGAACACCAGCCCUGGAGCGGUCACCAUAGGCAUCGUCGUGAUUGCCGUGGUGACGAGUGUCGUCGCGACUUCUUUAGUGUGGGUGUGCAUCAUCUACCAGACGAGGAAGAAGAGCGAGGAGUGCAGCGUCAACACGGACGAGACCAUCGUUCCUCCCGAUGUCCCAAGCUACCUGUCCUCGCAGGGGACGCUGUCUGAGAGGCAGGACGUGUGCAUACGAGUAGAAUCAAGCGGAGGAUCCCAACCAAGCGGCCACACACACAGCAACGGAGGUUUUGAUGUUCCAGUCUUGUGUACGGAGUGCAUGGAAAACAGUAGCAGUUACUCCAGGCCAUCAGCGUUCCUCUGCCAAGGCAUUACGCCUCCUUCAGGAAUGGAGUACCAGCAGAUGCAGCCUCCAUCGACCUUCACUAGCCAUAAGACGGCUGAGGGGCACUGUAACGGAACGCCGAACGGAGUCAGGAAGGAGGUGACGCCGACGUUGUACAAGAAACACUGCGAUACAAAAGGAUCUCCGUCGAGCAGGACGGGAACGCCGUCUCCGAGCGAGAGCCACCAUCGGCCGGUGAAGCCGACCUCCGUUCACCCCACCUGCACGGACUCUGAGCUCACAAAGACUCUAUUACCCAACGGGCACACACACUCGAGCGAGACCGCCCCCCUCAGGCGGGCUAGUGACUAGCGCCUCGUGGAAUACCAAGCGAAGACUUUUUCGUUUUUGCGAAUUGCUAUUUUUUUUGUAUCCUGUUUGCACUGUGAACUGCUACCUCACACCGAGGGGCGCACGUGGAGCUCGUCCAGCGUCUGAUCGCGGAGUCUAGGCGUCCGGGUUUGAAGGCGAAGCUUGAACGGGGGGGCCAUCGGUGUCCCGGUCCGAGCGUUACACCUGUACAUAGUGUUUAAAUCCUCCUCAGGGAGGCUUCGUUCACCGCUGCAAAAAAAAACAAACAAACAAACAAACAAAAAAAAGGAUAUACGUGACUUGCAUUUGAAGCAUGUUAAUGUAGGGAAUAUUGUAUGAUACGACAGAGUGCUAUAAUGUUGGACUUUAAAUUGUACAUAAGAGUUUUCAUAUAUAUAUAUAUAUAUAUAUAUAUAUAUACAUAUCUAUAUCUAUAUCUAUAUUAUUAUUAUUAGAUAACUUUUACAGAAGAGUAUUUGAAUCUAUUCUGUGCAUGGUCCGAUCAGAGUGAUGCUAUUUUUCCUCUCUUUUUAUAAACCUCCCAGCCUGGUGCCUUACAGCAUGAACAAAGAAUCUGCGAGUCCGUCGCCUGUCUCUCGGGACGAGACUCUUCUCUGUCGUGAAAUGGAAACAUUUUCCUGCACUUGAAACUGAGAUAAAACACUACAAUCUCCAGCUACAAGCCUUGCCUUAUGAUACGGUUCAUAUCUGCCGGUCUUGAAUGAAAGAAACCGUUUAGAGGCCCAGUAUGCUACGAUAAGAUCGAGGGCGGGUGAAUCAGCACUUUGUUGAUAAUAAUAAUAAUAAUAAUAAUUAUAAUAAUAAUAAUAAGAGGAAGAAGAUUCAACACCGUUCUCAAGAUUUAAAUACGUCUAGGGAGGUUGAAAUUUUCACGCUUCGUCACUAGAAUAAAUGUUGAACUCGAACAGAAAGGCUUAAGCAGCCUAUUUUACAAUUCCACAGGCAAGACCUACUAACCGUGGAGCUUAAAAACUGUGAUUUUCAUCAUUUGCACAGCCUUAAAUCCAGGAUAGGGGUUGGGGUGGGGGCAAGAUUCAGCUCUUCCAUUUGCUAAAGGUACCAAAUGCUAGUAGUUAGCCAGUGGUGCAUAUAAACAGUACUGUUCUGGUUUAUUUUUUAUUUGACCUCAUUUUAUAACACCACUGAGGGAAGCGAUGUGAAUGUGGUCACCUCAGAAGAAAAGACAACUUCAAAACCUAAAACGCGUGCUAACAACAAAGCAUCGUUAGAAAUUUCCUUCCGUGACUAAAGGGAGAAAGAUGUUUUUUUUUUUUUUUUUUUUUUUAAAUGUACUUACACAAGGAAAAGGGCAUCAUUAUCUGUGUUAGCUGCUGUUCAGGGUUUUCAAUGUCUACAUACAGGGAAUGGCCAGUAUCUUCAGUAAACACCAUUAGAUAAUGCUACGUCAACGUUACUAAACGCCUCAUUAGCUAACGCUAACUCUAGCCACUUUAAACCAAAUAAUAGGUACUAAGCAAAUAACUCAAAUCUGUCUUGAGGUUUUUUUUUCCCCCCACAGAAACCAAACUGAGGGAAUUUUUUUUUUUUCUUUAGGAGUUAGCUAGCAGUUCUUUUAACUAGCUACGUUACAGCAAUUCUGUCAGUCUGUUACCCAACUAACCGGUUUACAAAAUCUAGAUUUGAGCUAACCGGCUAACUCAGAGAAAGGUCUUGGCUUCAUAUUCCUGUCAGAAAUACGAACAAGGUUUUUUUUAUUUUGUUUUUUUUUUUGUUACCUGCUAAUUUCCAUAGCUCGUGUGGCGUAACGGACUUCUUCACCUUCCUUUCAGAUUAAUUUAUUGAAAUGAACUCAAACGGCUGUACAUUUGCAAUGCUGAAAAAUGUUGACGUGUGGGCAAGUCGACACGGCUAUUAAAAUCACGUUCUUGCUCUUUGA